AUGAAAUUCUUUGCUACAAUUUUGGCUGUUAUCGCAACAUUGGCUGUUGUUUCUGCUGGUGGUUAUGGUGGUGGUAGUCCUGCUGCUUCUAUUCCUGCUCCUCCCUGCCCCAAAAACUACUUGUUCAGCUGUCAACCUAAUUUGGCUCCAGCUCCUUGUGCUCCUCCAGCUGCUGGUUAUGGCUCAUCGGGUGCUUAUUCGGAAAAUGUUCCCACUAUUGUUAAUGCUCCUUAUGGUUAUCAAGGUUUACCACAGAAUUUAUUACAAGUUCCCAACUAUUAUGGCAAUCAUUAA